UUUUCCUUUCAUUUAACGUGUGUGCGAGUCAGCUGAAGUCAGAGCAGGAAGUGUGAUGUUGUGACAGUAGACAAGGAAGCAGGCACACAAUGGCACUAUGUCUGCGUUUGGGGCUGGUACCAUGAGAGCCUCGUGGGAAGCGACCCGCCUGCUGCUGGUCCUGCUGCUGACCACCUCCACUGGAACAGUGUUCAGCGAGUCUGGAAAUGGCCAGGUAGACUCACAGACUGAUCUACCACACAUGGAGACAGAGAGACAAGAAUUAACUCCUGAUGAUGUCGUAUCUGCAAAAGCCCAAACAAUUCCUGAAUCAAUUUCAACAUCUGACAAGUCACCCACAGAAGGAAUUCUAAAUCCAGAUACACAACUGAAAACUGUACCUCCAUCCUCAGAAACAGGCCUAAGCGGACUGGCAAAUCAAUUCACGGUGGUCUACACAGCAGAAGAUCUGAGAGUUCCUGGUAUUACAACAACUUUCGCACCACCGGCUGAAGGUUUGCAACCCAUCAUUAUCCUGAUCCCUGUGGUGCUGGUGGUUGUCAUCAUUGCCAUGAUAGUUUGUGGAAUUGUGAUCACACGCACGUGGAGCAAGAAAGCAAAGAAUCAAGAUACGCAAAAAGAGGAUGUAUUUUUGGAAGAGUCCAGCUCAGAGAAAGUUCCGAUGCCCAUGUUUGAAGAAGACGUCCCAUCUGUCCUGGAGCUUGAAAUGGACGAGUUGGAUGGCUGGAUUAAAAAAGACGGUGAAAUCACACUGGAAGUGAAAGAAACGUAAUUCAAGUUAUGGUUAACAGAGGAUGCCACCGAUGCACUGGGGCUCCCUUUCUGACCAUUCUGCAACAAUGACACAACUUUAAAGCAGUGUUAUUUCUCAAGCAAACAAGGCCAGAGGACAUUUCCAUAUAUUAUUAGCUUUUUUUAUUGUUAAAAAAAACAGAAAAAGAAAAAUCAAGACGAUCUCAUUGCUUUGUGCAUACAUCCUUUGCCGGUUAUUCCUGCUGAUAGAUGUCAGUGCACAGUUGAGUGCUGCAGCAACUGGACCGAAGCUGUGAACAGUUCUGUUGUAUUUUUGUGAUAAUGAGUGACUUUGCCAUCACUCAGUGUCGUUCUGUUUACGUAUUGUCUUUAAAAUAUGUUUUGCAGGUUUUUCUUGACAUUUGCAGUAAUCUUGCGUUAAUCACUUUGGAUUUUUGUGUCUGAAGGAAUCAGUAUUGGACAAUAACCCUGAAAGAGCUCAAGUGUGUUUGACUCAUUUACAUCACAUUUUGAAUAUUUGUACUGCCUGUGUUAUUAUUGUUGUGUCACUGUCCGACUGCAGGAUUGAAGAAUGCAGAAGACGCUUCAGUUUGUUCAGAUUUCUGAAUUCUUCACGCAGGAAAUCAUUCACACACUUUUUAUUUUUACUGUCCACCAGCUGAGGAACAUUUUUCUUCUGAAGAGUUCCAGCUUAUCUAAAUAUUAAUAACUCUGACUGAAUGCUUUAUAUCCACAAAUGUGGAAUGAAAGUGUUGAAUUUACACAGUCAUUAGACUGUUCUUCUAUAUGUGAGCACCAUUUUCUAAGAGGAUCUUCAGUAUUUUGCUGUAUCUUGCACUGUAAAUACAAGAAUUCAUUUAAAAUACAUGCUUUUUGUAAAUAUUGCAUUGAAGGUUAAUUUCUUUCUGAUAAUGCAAAAUAUGUUCAAAUUUAGUCAAUGAUUAAAAUUAACCUUUAAUAAAUCUUGAUAAAAUUGUGA